AUGGCGUCGGCGUGGAGUCCACAGCCGGAAGGCCUCGCGGAACUUGUUGAGCUGUUCCGCCAGUCGACAAGCACAGAACGCGAUGUGCAGCGCCAAAUUGCACUCCGUUUGGAUGCGAUCAGUCAAAUUCCCGACUAUCUCAACUAUCUCGUGCUGGUGUUUGUCCAGAUGACAGACGAAGAUGUAUCGACACGGUCAGUGGCUGGCCUGCUUGCGAAGAAUCAUCUGUACUUCAAUGCCCAGCAAAUUGAGCCUGCGUCGUUGGUCUAUGUCAAGCAGAUGAUCAUGCCCGCGCUGUCGUUCCACGAUACUGUGCUGCGUAAUGUCGCAUCGCAGAUUGUUGCCGUGCUUAUGCAGGUCAUUAAGCCUGCACAGUGGCUCGAAGGUCUUGAGCAACUUAUGCAGCUUAUGGACUCGAGCAAUGUGGACGAGGCCGAGGCUGCGCUUAGCACGUUUGCGAAGAUCAGUGAAGAUAUGCCGGAAGAACUCGACGCAUGUGAAGUCCAGGGCAUGCGCCCCCUGGACGUGCUCAUCCCCAAGAUCCUUCAAGCGACAGGGCAUGAAGAUACGCGGAUCCGCGUGCACGCGCUUAACAGUUUGAAUCAGUACAUCCAAAUCGGCUCUCUCUCGAUGAGUCAGAACAUCGAUGCGUACAUGCAAGUGCUCUUUCAGCGUGCCACGGACGAGCGGCCUGUGGUGCGCAAGUUUGUCUGCAAGGCGCUCGUCUACGUGCUGGGCACGUGGCCCGACAAACUCGCGCCGGAGAUGAACAACCUAGUGGACUAUAUGCUCUACUCGACCCAGGACAAGGACGAGGAUGUGGCAUUGGAAGCGGCCGAGUUCUGGCUCCAGUUUGCAGAAGAGCCGCGCUUGGUCGAUCAGCUGCGUCCCAACUUGCCACGUAUCAUUCCUGUGCUGCUCAAGUGCAUGGUGUACAGUGAGCUGAGUCUGCUCAUGAUGGGCGAUAUUGACGACGACGCCUCGCGUCCCGACCGUCCUGAAGACAUCAAGCCACGUCACUAUGGUGGUGUGACGCACCGCAGUGAGCACGUGCGUGAUGGACAAGCGCAUGAUGCCUCGACGCACAAGUCGCGUGCCGCCAUUGAUGCGGAGUUUGCACAGGAGAACGACGAUGACGAUCAUGAUGACUUUGACGACGAUGACGACGAUGACGACGAGUUCGACGACGACGAGGCAGCCAGCUGGAACUUGCGCAAGUGUUGUGCAGCAGCUCUCGAUGUUCUUGCUGUGCACUUUGGUGACGAGAUCUUACCUACACUGCUGCCUCUGCUCAAGGACCGUCUCUUCAGCGAGGACUGGCUCCAGCGCGAGGCAGGUAUCCUGGCGCUGGGCGCCAUUGCGGAGGGAUGCUUGCAGGGCGUAGAGCCCCACUUGCCGACGCUGGUCCCGAUGCUCGUCACAAUGCUUCAAGAUACGCAGCCGCUUGUCCGUUCCAUCACGUGCUGGACAUUAGGGCGAUAUUCGAGUUGGUGUGCUUCCGAGACGCCGGAGCACCAGCAGCAGUUCUUCAUGCCUGUGCUUGAAGGGCUUCUUACGAUGGUGCUGGACAACAACAAGCGUGUACAAGAAGCAGGCUGCAGUGCGUUUGCGACUCUUGAAGAAGAAGUCGGGACGGCGCUGACGCCUUACUUGGGCCCUGUGCUGCGCUCAUUGGUUACGGCGUUUGACAGGUACCACCAGAAGAAUAUGCUCAUUCUGUACGAUGCCGUGGGGACCUUGGCCGAUAGCGUAGGCCCUGCGCUCAACCAGCCAGAAUACAUUGAUAUGCUCAUGCAGCCGCUGACUGCCAAGUGGGCUGCGCUCGACGAUACCGAUCCGGCUCUGAUUCCGCUACUCGAGUGCCUGGCCUCUGUGACGAUUGCGAUGGGCCCUGGUUUCCAGGCUCAUGCACUCCCGGUGUUCCAGCGCUGUGUCAAUAUUAUCCACCAGAACCUGGCAGCGUACGAGCAUGCCAUGGCGCAGUCCAACGACGAGGAGGCGCCCGACCGCACCUUCCUCAUUGUAGCGCUGGACCUGCUCAGUGGUCUGUGCCAGGGUCUUGGCCCGCAAUGCCAAGAGCUCGUGGCAAAUGUUCAGCCUCUGCUCCUUCCGCAGCUAUUGCCAUGUCUCACGAAUGCCGAGCCGCCAGUGCGUCAGUCCGCUUAUGCUCUGUUGGGCGACUUGGCCAUCAAUGCCUUUGCGACCCUCAAGCCAUUCCUACCGCAGCACAUGCCGUUGCUACUUUCGCAAAUCGGGCCAGAGCCUAUGCACGAGGCGUUGUCCGUGUGCAACAAUGCGACGUGGGCUGCAGGUGAGAUUGCACUGCAGUACGGCUCAGACGCCGAGUUCCAUGCCUGGGUCCCCGAGCUCCUGAGCAAGCUCAUGGCGCUGCUGCUGCACCCGAAGACGGUCAAGUCGCUUUCGGAAAAUGCUGCUGUGACGAUUGGCCGGCUUGGUCUGGUGGCGACGCCGAUCAUUGCGCCGCAAUUGCCUGUGUUCAUUGAGGCGUGGUGCCAAGCGCUGUGGGAUAUCAAGGACAACGAUGAGAAGGAGUCGGCGUUCCUUGGUUUGUGCAUGAUGAUUCAUGUGAAUCCGAACGGUGCCACGGCUGGCUUCCCGUACUUCUGCAAUGCCGUGGUGCGGUGGACCAAGCCGAGCGAGCGCUUGAACGACGAGUUCCGCAAGAUCUUGUACGGCUUCCGCGAGAUGAGCGGCGACGCGUGGGAGACACACAAAGCUCAAUUCCCACCGAUCAUUCGCCAACGCUUGGAGGAACGUUAUGGUCUCUAG